GGAAGCUUUCAAAUGUGGAUGUUCAAAAAUAAGGUGAUACUAAUAGGUAAUUAAAUGACAGUAUAAAAGCUUCCAAUUUGGAUGUGAGUGCUUAAUUUUAGGGCUGCAUUUCUAGGCUAGUCUGUUGACACUGGAGAGAUUGCAGUUCACCUGGCAUAUAGACAGCCAAGCACUCUGGGUUAGAUGGGGUUUACUCCUCUGGUCAUCGGAAAUAGUUGUUGUGUACAUGUGGUUCUUCUGGAAAUGGCACCAGCAAGCUGUAUGGCCACUUGAAACCACAAGCAUUUCCUGUUCUUCCUGUCCAGCCAGAGGUGUUGGAGUGGACAGGACUUUUUAUUUGGGGAUUCUAUUAUUUAGUGUGGGAGUUGAAGACUUGUUUUAAUCUAAUGAGAAGUCACACUUCCCUGUCACUUCCUUUUCGUCAGUGCCAUCUCCAACCUCAGUUUCAGUAUUGACCUGUGGUGCCUGUGGUAAUUAAAAAAUGCAACAAAAAACCCCACCUUCCUCUAUAAUGUUAAAAAUAGGAUUGAAAAUGUGUUGUAGCAGAAGCAUCAGCUUCUUCACUUUGACUUAGAUGAUGCUUGUUUGGAGGGGAAUGCCUCAUGCUUUAGGCUGUUUGUUCAGUGGUUAAAGGUUUAACCAGCUCCUCAGAGUUUCCUAUUGGAUUCCUUUACCUGCAACAGCUUAAAAAUAUGAUGUAGUCUGAACUGUUUUAUUCUGUGGAUUUGAGUGAGUUUGAGACCUAUGUCAUGUGUUGUAGUUUCUCUAGUUCUCUGUAGAUCUCUUGAACUUGGGUCCAAGACUUGGAGUGGACUUGGCCAAAACCAUGUUACGAAUAGGACCUGGUCGUAGAGCACUAAAGGCAAGUGGGAGAAGGGUAGGUUGAAACAGAGAUCUCUCUUUAAUCCCACUGACAUCACACAAGUCAUUGGAAGUAGCACAAAUGUUGUAUGCAAGUGAUUGGUAUUGCAGGAUGGGAGUUGCCCAAAGCCAGUCAUGGUAACCCUGUACUCUCUGUUGGUAAAGCUCUACCUGCUUCCUUCCACUUGUCAAAAAAACACCCAACCCUAACAACCACACAAACAAACCAAACCAUAUCAAAUUCUCCUCCACCCCCCUCAUCUAUUAGUUAUUUGGACAAGUAAUUUAAAAUUUUCAAGAAGUUUACAACAAUUUCUGGUUCUGUUGAUGGUGUUACCUUUGUCCAUCUCACCCUCCUGUAGCCUGAUUUUUUUCAUGUAAAACUACAUUAUUGGCAACGGGAUUACAGGUUUUGCUUGUAAGCUUUCUGGAGCGUGGGUAAUGUCUCUCCUUUUCUAUCAAUGGCCUGUUGCAUACAGAGGAAGCACAAGCAAUUCAAAAAAUGUUAAAUUACAGUCAGAUUUAUGUAAAUACUUGCCACAGGGCAGUAUUUUUGUGUAAAAUGCUUGGUCUGGCCACUGUUGGAAUGUGCUUUGUCUCAGUGAUUAAGACAGUAUCACCUUGGUUUUAAAACAGCUACAGUGGUAGCUGUUUUAAAAGGUACCAGCAAACUCUGUAGGUUUAGUUCUUACAAGCUUACAGUUAAUCUGAAGCUGGAAAACAGUUCCUUCUGAAAUCUUAACCUGAACGGCAGUAAACUUUUGAACUUGAAACUUGUUUGGGACUUUCUGAUUGUAAAAGGUACUUUUUUAUUUUAAGCCCAGUGGAAAACAAUUUGAGUCAUAGCAGUAUCUUGUUAUAUAAAAGAAGGAAAAAUAGAUAUUUUAGGUAAAACCAAGCAGGGAUCCUGCUACAUCAAAUGUUAUGGAUAUGGUUACAAUUUUCCAAGAAGUUACCAUUGUCAGCGUUAUUGAAAUUGGUUUUCCUGGUUUUUUUUCUCCCUGUUCUGUGGUCAGAUGGAGUGCUUGCUACAGUGGUAUCGUUCUGGGGAAGUAGGAAAGGUGGUCAUUUUGGCAAGCUUAUAGAAAUACCUCUUCUAAAUAUAGUAGCAUUCUGCCAGUCUGAACACAGGAUUGUCUGUCAGUAACUGAGCUGGUACCCUAGUAGGAGCUGCCAAGUUAGUGAUGUAGGCUUUUGGGGCAAACACCUGUCUCCAAGUCAAACUUUUCAGCGUCUCCAAUGGAGAAAGAAUUUUAGUGGCAGAAAACAUCCAGGUUUUGCCUAAUAGUAAAAAAAUGUAAUUAAAACCAGGAGCAUGGCUUAUACUGUUGAGAGAGCUCGGCUUGAGGGUCUGACCUGAGCCUUCCUGAAGGGAGUAGGGAAAUACUCCCACUUGAGGCAGGAUGGAGAAUGUGUAAGUUCCACAACUGUUAAAAAUAUUUCUGGCACUAGACCUGUAUUGGAUUUAGCACUGGCUUUGUUCUAACUGUGUUCUGCUGGUUAGGGGCUAAAGAAUUUUCACUGUGUUACUAUGGCCACAUGUGCUUGUUUGGUACACAGCAGGUGAACUUUUCAGACGAGGAAGAGGGUGAUAAUGCUUUUCUCUUGUGCUGAUGCAAUACUGUUUCCUUUAGCAAAGCAAAUAUCUCACUGAGGUGUGUAGACCAAAACACCUGAGGUGUUCCACAGAACCAGUCUUAAGAGAAUGUUUUUUCCAUGCAGUAGUGUAACACCUUGAGGAAAGUGGACAGUGCACAGGGAGCCUUCUUCAAAAUCAUGUUUAGUCCUCUCCACAGCCUCCAGGAGCUGCUGCAACAAGGGUGCUCCACUUUGAGGUUGGUUGGUAGCAAUUCUCUUUGGGGAAGGUCUAGUUGUUUCACAAACCAAUAAAUCUUCAGUCCUCAGCACUGAAACAUCCAUUAGUGGGGAGAUCUUCCCCUCUGAAAGCUUCUCCUACCUAAGCUGUUCUCUUGAACAUAACAAUGACCUUGAGCAGCAGUAAAUCAGUGCUGGGAAAACUCAGCAUGCUUGUCAGCAGAAGGGAGCACAGCAGGGAAAGGAAUGUCUCUGAAAUCACAGCCUUUGGUGCCCAAAUGUGUCAGUGAGCAAAAGGGUGUGAGGCCAUCUGAAGUUAAAUAUGUUCCUUUAUUUCUCAUGGUCUUCUCUCUAGGAGGUGGGGAUCACCCAUGUAACAGGUUUCAGGAGUAUUUCAGGAAUAGGCCAAGGGUCUUCCUGGCUGCCUACAAUUUGAAUGAUGUUGAAGUCUUUGGUACUUACGGCUUUUUAUGAUAGAUGGGCGUAGUCAUUUCAAUAGAUCUAAUUUUCUCUUCCCUUUUCUUUUUAUAACUUCUGGUUUGUUCCUAUUUAGGUAGUAAAACGCCCAUUUUACUGAGAAGUAGGGGGUAAAGCGAUGCUACACAAUGAAGUGUGCUACACUCUGUUGCCUGCCUGGGCUAUAAAUAAUGCAGCAAUUUUCUCUUUCCAGCAGUACAGCUACGUGAUGGUCUUGUGAUAAGUGUGUGGCAUUGUGAAAGGUGAAAUGGAACAGAAGAUCCCUCCUCUCCAGCAAUGUUUGAGUAUCAGUUUGACUUGAUGAUCUCAAAGGUCUUUUCCAACCUAGUUCAUUCUGUGAUUCUGAGUCCAGGGAGUGAGGAGUCAAAGGUUGUGGCUGUUCUGCUCUCACAGCUGUUCUGGGCAGCAGACAGCUAGAAUAUUUCUUUCAUUGUGGUCCUAGGAACACUUCCCUGUUUCUGUAGCCUUAACCUGCCCAGACAGAGCUUCGUGGGUUAGAGGAAAUGUUGUGCCAGAGGUAGGACAGAGCUGUGUGCUUCCCCUUUAUCCUGUGACUGCCUGGGCACUGCUUUACACAGCAGCAGCAGGGCAUCCUGGCUCCCAAAGAGUUUCCAGGAGUCUGGGUGUGAUGUAAAGGCAUGACCGUCACUUGGAAAAAGUGACGGUGAGGCUUGCAGCAACCAGCCAACACUCUUUGGAUUAAACAGAAUACCACAACAAAGGACCCUGCUUAGUCCCACAAAGUAUGCAGGUAGUGGGAUUUCUGGCUGGGAAAGGUCAACCCUGCUCUGGUGUGCUGCCUUAUGACAGUGGCAGAGGUUCUCUCCUUUCACAGCGGAGCACCCCACUUGUCCCUUGGGGCAGAGGGCACUGCACAUGCAUGAGUUUAUCUGAUGCAUCCAAAAGGUCCCAGAGAUUAACCCCUCCUAGAGUUUCCAACCCUUCUUGCUGCCUAAAAUUGGAUUUGGGGUGUAUUUAUUUACAGCGAGGUAAGGAAAAAGCAGAGGAAAACCUCAUGUUAUCAUGAAGUGCCUGUCAGACUUUGCUGUGGAUGGGCUGAGUGCCUCUGUAAGAGCCUUUCAAUUGGUGCUUGCUUCAACUGGUGCAACCAGCAGGCUGGAGAGGGUUGUUUGGGUUUUGGUGUUCCAUUGUAGUGUCCCAGAGCAGGUUCCUUCAGACAUGGAAGUGUUUGAAUAAGGCUUUGCAAUAUCGGGUGCUAAGCAAAAUGUUGAUUUUUUUAAAGUAUUUUUUUUCUUUUUCCGUUUUCCCAGAGGUCAGGAAUUUUCUAGAUGCAUGGGAAUGAGGCUGUGUUAACUUGGUACAGCAACCCUGGUGGAAAACUUUUCACUUCACCCAGAAUUCAUAUGUUAUGUUCUCACUGCCCAAUGUUCUGCAUCCCUGCCAGAGUGAGUUUGACUAAUCUUUGCCUGUGACUCAGAAUGGAGAUGUGUUAGGAACCUCUUUUAUUUAUUUUUUUUUUCCUUUUGAAAAAUGAAGUGAAAGUUUAUCUAACUAUGGUUUUAUGAGAGCUUGGCCAGCCAAAUGAGGAAGUAAAAUGUUCUUAUAAAAUGAGCUCUGGUUCUGCCCACUGCACUUAUUUGCUCUCAGCUGACAUCAGCUUUACCUCUAAAUAGGAGCUGGUGACUUCCUUGUGAGCUUGGUACUGCUCUGAAUCCAGCUUCUGUCUGGAGGAUGGUGGGACAGCCCUGCUGGGCCACAGAAAGAACAGCGGCCAGCUGAUGCCUGUAGGACACAGCUGGGAAGACAGAAUCACCGGGUUUAGAGGAACAUAAAUGCCCGCUAAAAUGGCACUGGCCAGUUCAAUUCCUAGCAAAGCAGCACCACCACACUCCAGAAAAGUUUCUGCAGCAGGGGUGGAAGUGCACCAGAGCAAGAUGGAUUUUUUCUGCAAGCUGGGCUAUGGUAAGCAGGACAUCUGCAAAGUGCUGGAGAACCUGGGCCAAGAGGCCCUGGAGGAUGAUGUGCUGAAAGAGCUGAUUCGGAUGGGGAGCAAACCUCAGGCUCUGGAGAACCAGGCUCAGCCUUCCCAGCUAAAGCUGGUUGCCCGUGGAUCUGGUAGCAGCACACCGGGGCUGAAGAGGCUUGGAGAAGAUGAAAGUGAUUCUUCUGAUUCCUUGAGACCCAUUGUGAUCGAUGGCAGCAAUGUUGCCAUGAGUCAUGGAAACAAGGAGGUGUUCUCCUGUUGGGGGAUCCAGCUGGCGGUGGAUUGGUUUAGAGAGAGGGGUCACACUUACAUCAAGGUUUUUGUCCCCCUCUGGAGAAAGGAACCCCCCCGACAAGACAGCCCCAUUGCAGACCAGCACAUUCUUGAGGAGCUGGAAAAGCAAUCUAUCCUGGUCUACACACCCUCUCGGAAGGUGAAGGGCAAGAGGGUGGUUUGCUACGACGAUCGCUACAUAGUGAAAGUCGCUUAUGAGAAAGACGGAGUCAUUGUUUCCAAUGACCACUACCGGGAUCUCCAAAAUGAAAACCCCGAGUGGAAAUGGUUUAUUGAGCAGCGACUACUCAUGUACUCUUUUGUCAGUAACAGGUUUAUGCCUCCCGAUGAUCCGCUAGGCCGGCACGGACCCACCUUAAGUAACUUCCUCAGCAAGAAGCCAGUGCUGCCUGAAAGGAAAUGGCAGCCUUGCCCUUAUGGUAAAAAAUGUACCUAUGGCAAUAAAUGCAAAUUUUACCAUCCAGAGAGACAACAUCAAGCCCAGCUUUCAGUCGCUGAUGAGCUCAGGGCCAAAACAAAGGUCCCGAUAGCCCUGUGGAAGGAGGAGGAGAGGCGCCAGUGCUCACCGUACGCAGCCAGAGGAGAGCCUGCACCCUGCGAUGCCUGCACAGAAACUCUGCGGGAAGCCAGAGGCUGCUCUGGGCCUUCCUGCUACCCAGGCAGGUCCCAGGGGAGCUGCUCCGAGCAGACAUUCCGUGCCUGGGCCGGCAGCCCUGGGGCUGACCUGGGGCUGGAGCAGCGCUUGCCGCAGGCGGAGCCGCUCCUGGAGGAGAUGUCAGCGGUGUCCAUCGGCGGUGGCGCCUUCGGCUGCCGCCGGUCCUUGUGCCCCUCCCAGGAGCGGGGGGUCACGGACAGCCCUCAGCCCUGCGCUGGCCUCAGGCACAGACUGUUGUCUCUUCAUCACCCUCAGAGCCUGGAGCAGGCCGGCUCAGCCGGGCGCCCUUUCCAGCUCCGAGCGCUCCCAGCUGCGCCGGGCGGGAUGCGCGGGGAGCGCGGCUGGGCCCGGGAGCGCCACGGGAGCCGCUCGGUCCCCGGAGGUGCUCAGCACAAGCAGGGCCCGGAGAGCCGGCACGCUGCUUUGCUGCAGGCCACAGCUCUGUUCCCUGACAGCCUUCCCCUGCAGGGUGAGCAGCAGGCGCAGCAGCACCGCUGCAUCCCCAGCCGGCCCCCGGGACAGCCCUUUCUGGCGGAUUCCAGCGAUGGAACGGGCUUAUUCCACAAGGCCCUUGCUUACCCCAGUGCCUCUUACAGCGACUACUGGCCCACCCCGGCUGCAAGGCUUCCCUCUGCCCCGCAACUAAACACACACAGGGAGCUGUGCUCCCCUUAUCCCUACGGUGAGAUGAGCCAGGCCCUGGCUUUGUACCCCAGUAUCCAGGAUAAGGGGACUGGAGCACCUCCCCUAUGAAGAGAGGCUAGGGAGCUUGGGACUGUUCAGCCUGGAGAAGAGAAGGUUGCAUGGAGACCUCACAGAAACCUUCCAGUAUCUGAAGGGAACCUACAAGGAAGCCAGAGCAGGACGCUCAGUCGGGAACUUUAGUGAUAGGACACAGGGGAAUGGCUUCAGACUGAGAGAGGGUAGCUUUAGGUUAGAUUUUAGGAUGAAAUUCUGAAUUUUCUGGGUGGUGAGACAUUGGAACAGGUGGCUCAGAGAAGCUGUGGAUGCCCCGUACCUGGAAAUGUUUUAGGCCGGGUUGGGUGGGGCUCUGAGCAAUCUGGUCUAAGUAAAAGAGGUGUCCCUGCCCAUGGCAGCAGGGAUGUUGGAACUGGAUCAUGUUUUAGGUCCCUUCCAACUCAGACAAUUAUUUCUGUGAUUCUGUGAUAUUGCCUGCUGGACUUUAAUGAUUCAAAGACACAGAAACUUGUGAAACCUCCAGAGCAAACCAUUUUCAGUAAGCACAAAUCCUAGGGCAAGAAGAUGCUAUUCUGAGGCUUAACUAAGUGUUUAUAGAGGGUGUUAGGGCAAGGAUUACAGCUGCUCCAGGAAUACAAGUAUAAACAUCAAAUCAAGGCAAAGGCUGUCCUCUGUGGCCAUGGGAUUGCAUUUCACCUCCCCUGAAAGAGAGCAGGAGGGGCUCAGGGUUACUGGGCUGUCAGCAUUUGAACCUCACUGGUGACUGGAUUCAGAUUUUCAUUAACACCCUAAAAAAUCAGAUGUGUUUUUAGAGUCCAAACCUGUUGUUCAACUUCCAUGAAAGAGCCGUGCUCCCCAGUCCCCAGGAGAGGGCUCUCCCAUGACCUGCCUGUUCCUCCUUGCUCAGCCAGCACAGAAGAGGAUUUGGCCUCCUCCCCUAGCACAGGGCUCUGCUCUCUGCUAGAAGACAGCUUUGGGUCCCUGUCAUCACCUGAUUCAAGCCCAUCCCGCUGUCAGUGAGCUUUCAGGGCUCCAUCUCGUGCUUCUAAAGCAGUGCUGAGAGCACACAGAGCCGCCAGCAGAGGGGCUGGAGCUGCACCUGAAGGAAGACACAGGUAUAUUUCUCAGAAAAGGGACACACACAGCAUAAAUCAAGUCAGGGAAGGCAUCUUCAGUUUAAGUCCUGGUGUGGACUGAGGGCUUGGGGAUGGUAGUUAAAAAGACCCAGAAGUCCAGAUGAAGCUAAAGAAAGAAAGAAAGAAAAA